AUGUCCAGAGGAUCAAUAUCCAAACAAGGGUCAAAAAACUGCCUUCAAAAAGCUAUAACGUAUUUAACUUUCCAAGAGCCAUUGGGGAUUUCUUUGGCAGUGAUUGCAGUCUCCUUUUCUGUCAUCUCAGCUGUGGUGCUUGGGAUAUUCAUGAAGUAUCAGGACACACCUAUUGUUAAAGCCAAUAAUAGGAACCUCACUUAUAGCCUUCUUGCUGCUCUCCUGCUCUCUUUCCUUUGCAGUUUGCUCUUCAUUGGGCAACCUGACCAAGUGAAAUGUCUCUUGAGACAAACUGCUUUUGGCAUCAUCUUCUCUGUAGCCCUUUCUUGUAUAUUGGGAAAAACAAUCAUAGUGGUCCUUGCUUUCAUGGCUACCAAGCCGGGAUCUAAAAUGAAAAAAUGGGUGGGAAAUAGAUUGGCUAUCUCUAUUGUCCUAUCUUGCUCCCUGACACAAUUCUGCAUUUGUGUGGUGUGGCUCACAAUUUCUGCUCCCUUCCCAGAUUCUGACAUGCAUUCCCUGGCUAAAGAAAUUGUUUUUCAAUGUAACGAAGGCUCAACCACUAUGUUUUAUACAGUGCUUGCCUUUCUGGGGUUCUUGACUGCUGUCAGUUUCAUUGUAGCCUUCCUAGCCAGGAAUUUGCCUGACAGCUUUAAUGAAGCCAAAUUUAUCACUUUCAGCAUGUUGGUCUUUUGCAGUGUCUGGGUGUCAUUUGUUCCCACCUAUUUGAGUGCCAAGGGAAAAUACAUGGUGGCUGUUGAGAUCUUCUCCAUUUUGGCUUCAGCAGCUGGAUUACUGGGGUGCAUAUUUUCCCCCAAAUGCUAUAUCAUUAUUCUGAGACCUAAUCUGAAUAAGAAGGAGCAACUAAUGAAAAAAUGA